CGCUCUCCGUUGCGUGUGUGCUCUCAAGAACUGAAGAAAAAAAAAUCUCACGAGCGUUCUGGUUUUAGGUAUUGGUAUUUCUUGAUCGAUACCCGGCGAUCGUGGAAGGAAGAUGUCUCGCGUGAUCCUCCGUUUGAAGCCCUCGCUCUCUCAAUUCUACACUACAAGAUAUUUCAGCAGUACAGCCCUCCCGGGAAGCGGGCCUACUUUGUCAGUUGAUUCUACUGGACCUGUCAGCGCUAAAGAUUCUGUUAGAACUGAUAGAGUUGAGGAAGCAGAAACUGUACAAGCCCAACCUCUUUCAACAGAGAAGUUGCUUGUUCUUGGCGGAAAUGGGUUUGUUGGUUCUCAUAUAUGCAAAGAAGCUUUGAAUCGUGGUUACUCUGUUGCCAGCCUCAGCAGAUCUGGUAGAUCUUCUGUAAAAGAAUCUUGGGCUGACAAAGUGACGUGGCAUCAAGGUAACCUUUUUACGCAUGUGUGGAAGGAUGCGCUCGAGGGAGUAACCUCAGUUAUUUCUUGUGUUGGUGGGUUUGGUUCCAACUCUGAAAUGUACAAAAUCAAUGGAACUGCAAAUAUUAAUGCUGUUAGAGCUGCUUCAGAAGCAGGAGUCAAGAGGUUUGUUUACAUAUCUGCUGCUGACUUCGGCGUUGUAAAUUAUUUGCUUAAAGGAUAUUAUGAGGGAAAGAGAGCCGCUGAGACAGAGUUACUCACAAGAUACCCAUAUGGAGGAGUGAUUCUGAGGCCUGGAUUUAUAUACGGAACUCGCCAGGUUGCAGGCAUGGCAGUACCACUUCAUCUAAUCGGGGCUCCACUGGAGAUGGGCCUCCAGCAUUUGAAGGCACUGGUGAAAAUUCCCAUGGUCGGACCGCUUCUCACCCCUCCUGUGAAUGUCAGUGCAGUUGCUAAGGUCGCCGUAAGAGCGGCCACUGAUCCCGUCUUCCCGCCAGGCAUUGUCGACGUAUACGGCAUUUUACGGUAUAGCCAGCAGAAGCAAUUAAAUUGAAUACACAUUUCCACACAUAAGAGUAUUGGGCGAGUGAUCAUUUGUGGGGUGUGAUUUCUGUCGAGGCUGCCUGAAUAAUUUGAUGAACUAAGAUUGACUUAUUCCUUGGUACAAUCUUUUGUGUUUUCAGUGAUAUAUGAUGAAAUGAAUAAAACACAUUUUAUU